AUGAUAGGUAAAAGGUGAAACAGGGCAGGGAGAGGCAAAAAAGCCAAAAUGGAACAUAAAAUAUGCUAACUUGAUACUGUGAGCUUAUAAAAUAUCUGAUUGAACUAUAUCCUUGAUUGUAUCACAUGCUCUCAAUGACACAUAGAUUAUGUUUCACCAAUGAUUGCUUCACAAACAGGUUGGUGGACAUAGAAACAGGUAUGAAUUCUUACUCUCAGUGAAACUGCGUCACCUUCAAACUUUCCAUUCAGGACUUUAACAGCAGCUCCAAGGUUGGUGUAAAGACGGACAAAAUAUUUAAUUGAUUGCUUUUUACAAAAAUGAUAAAAGACAUCUCUACUCCUAUUUUUCAGCACGUUGGUGAAUGUGGUCCAUAAUGAGGGCGUCUUGGGGGCUUUUGUUGCUUCUAAUUUUUCCGAUUUCUGCUGCAAGCACCACAGGUAAACCACCUAAGAUCUUAUCUGGGCUUAAUUUUUAGACAAUAGGACUCUUUUAUCAUAUACUUUAGAUUUACUGUAAUGACUCCCUGAGGAAUAAAUCUGUGGAUCUUAUUCAAUUUUCAGUCAUUGACAUAAAUGGGUCUUUAGAUUAUAAGUUUUAUUUUGUUUGUUUGUUUGUUUGUUUGUUUGUUUGUUUGUUUGUUUGUUUUUGUUUUGUUUUUAUACAAACAAAUCAAAACUGCUGACAUUGAUUACACUGUGUUGAAGAUUAGAAACUACUUAACACAUUUUACUUUUUUUCCUCUGAUUCUUGAUAAAGGUCGCCAGUGAAACCUUUAUUUAACUCUCUCUGGGUAUUCUUAUAGCCAUCUCUGUACAUGCAACAUAGUUUACAAUGCUGCAAUGUCAUUUAGCAGACAAUUUGAUUCAAAAUGAUGUACAUUCAAGCGCAACAACAACACAAGCAAAGAUCUAGACAAGAAGAAACAAGAUCAGUGAGAGCUUAAGAGUGCUUCAAGUCCAUUUGGACACAGGUACUGCAAAGCAGUGCACUGAAAAAGUGAAACAUGAGUUUUAUUCAUUUAAAGUACUUAUUUAAGAUGAUAUAAUUGAAAAAAAAAAAAAAUUUAAAAAAAAUUUCCGGUUUCAACUUGAAUGAUUAAAGUUGCCUCAAAGUAAAUUUAGUUUCUCAUUGAGCCAAAUAAAAACUUGGAGCUGACCUACAACUUAACAAUAACCCAGCGGUCUACAUGUCACCUCUUUUCAACGUCAAAGUUCGCCAUUAUCAUUUCCUCGCAUUCAGUGUGAUACGUCUGUCAAGUUUGGAAACUCUUUUUAUAACAAGGUAAGAAUUCAAAAUUGCUGUUUUAGUGCAACAUGGGCUUUCAGUGUGCAUUUAAGGUCAGUGGUAGGGGUAAACAUUAUCCUAAAGACUAGCCUUGAAUUUUUUGUUCUGCGCUAAUGCUAGCCAAACCAGAAACAUUUGCAACAACGAUGUUAUGUUGUAUAAAUAUUGUGGUGCUAAAAUUAAGACUAAAAAUGUGAAUGAUGCUAAAGUCAGAAUAAUCAGCUAGAGCACUAGUAAUGGUUCCUUUUGUUUCUUGAACUGCCUUAAAAUAAUGAUAAUCAUACAUUUUGAUCCUUUUUUAAAGGAUAGCAAAGAUUUAAGACUGUUAGAAACUCUAUUUUUAGACUUAAUGGCUGUUCCCUUGCAUCGUAAGUUUGAUGACGUGCAUGUUAAUCGAUGUGUUUACAGUUUCAAUCAGAACAUUUUAAUUACCUUAUUAUAAAAUGCGACUUAUACUGGUAUAUGUUUUUUCUUCUUCAUUAUGCAGUUUUUGGCUGGUGUGGCUUGUCCAACUUUAUAGCGACUUAUAGUCUGGAAAAUAUGGUACAUCUUUCCAUCAUGUAAUCAAAAAAUAACAUGACAGACAGACCAUGUUUUAUUGGAACAUGCAAUUGUUCUUUUUUUUUUUGUAGUGUUUGUGUGUAAAACACAUACUUUUGUGGUGAUUGCAACCUGUUUAAGCUUUUGUUGGCACUUCUGGAAUUGUGUUUUUUUGUGUGUGUUGGGCGGUUCCCGCCUGCACAGGCACACCUGCACCUAAUCACAACAAUCACCUCCUGCACUUAAGAUCUACUGUGAGGCUUCUCCAGUGCCAAAUUAUUCCUGAAUCUCAUGUGGUAUCUCAGCCAGUUCUGUUGCACAUAUUUGCAAGUUUUUGACCUUUUCAGUUUUGAUGUGUUUACCUGGCUGUGACUAACUCCGCUCUCUUCUCUUCCACGCUGCCACACUCUCUCACUGGUUUUACUCACCUGCCUCCUCUUCAAGCCCUCAUCUUGGACCCUGGAUCCCUCCCCUCCCCCUAUUUCCCUCAAUAAAUUUACUUUAAUGCUUCAUCUGCCUCCAGACCUUCUUUUUAAUUGAAUUAAACAUCUGUUUUUCAACUUUACGGGCUGCUAAUUGCGAGUUUUAUACAUUUUUUUGAUGUUUUUGUGUAUUUCAAAGGUGAUGCCUAUUUUAAAGUCAUCCAAAAAAAAUUGACUCACAAAGAGAAUUUUCCUGUUUUAAGUUUUCUCUACAUAUGUAUUAGUUCAUUGUAUCAUCAUUAUACCAUUGUAUAAGUUAUAUUUUGGCUUGUGACUAAAGGAAAUUUUGAUUAUGGUAUAAGUAAAAAAUUCUUUGUGCUGAAUCAGAAGAAAAGUUAAAACAUAGUAAAAAGUUGAAUUUAUAAUUAGAUGUAAUAGUAGUAUUAGGUUUUUCCAAAUAGAAAAAUUAAGUUGUAAAAGAAAAAAAAAACACACAAUUUAUGGUCUUUGAAAUGAAAAAUGUUUUUAGUUUGUAUGAAAGCAAAUUCAUGGCUUUGUCUGAAAAUACAAAAUUUAUUUACAAGAAACUAUUCUUGUACUUUUGCAGGAACUCUUGUCACCAGUUGUGACUCAUGUCAUGAUCAAGCCGCCUGCCUGGAGUCUGGAGAAAGAGGCGACACUUUCUCAAGCCAGGUGCUGUCAUGUGUGUGUAAAGAUGGCUUUGUAGGUAACGGGCUCACGUGUUACGAUGUAAAUCUCUGCAAUGACUCUUCUUGCUGUGAAGACGGAUAUCAAUGGUCGUCAGACAGAGGCUGUGAGGACACUGAUGAAUGCUCCCUCAAAGACUCGCCCUGCAAACCAUUUCAGGUUUGCAAAAACACUCCAGGCUCCUUUGAAUGCCUGGAGUCUUUCAGCCGCACCAGAUCUGGUCUAUCCUCCCAGUCUGUCCGAGUCGGAUGUGGAAACACAAUAUGUCCUUUAGGUAUGGACUGCAUCCGUAUGAACGGGACCCUCCGCUGUGCUGACCCCUGCCAGCAUUAUACUGCACUGAAUGAUGAGUGGAGAUCAACCAAUAACACCUCCAACGUAAUUCAAUGUGAUCGAAAUAUCAAUUGGGAAGGCUGGUAUCGGCUCUUUCUGGGACAAACCAGUGCUCAAAUCCCAGAGUGGUGUGUGCCUCCAAACAGAUGUGGAACCCACGCCCCUUUGUGGAUAACAGCACCUCAUCCCACACAGCCAGGUCGGAUUGAACAUCGCACUGUGUGUAAUUCCUGGUCUGGCAGCUGCUGCCGCUUUGACUCACACAACAUCUCUGUAAAGCUCUGCUACGGAAGCUACUACGUCUACAAACUUGCUCGUCCAAGCGUGUGCUAUCUUGCAUACUGUGCAGGUAUUGUUUAGUAUUAAAAUAAUUUAAAAAGAAAAUUAUACUCAACAAUUAAGACAAGGACAAAUUGAUACAGUCUGACUGUACUAAUCAAGACACAACUGUGCUUCUGUCCACAAAUCUGAAAAAUAGCUUGCUCAUUAAAGCCACCUUUAGUUAAACAACAAUGUCUAUUUUCACUGUAAACAGAGGUGAACAGAACAGCUCCUGUGGUACCUUCACCAACACCUGAACCAAGCACCCUCACUACCACCGUCACCUCCACCACAACAGCUGGAAACAGCUCGGCAACUGAGGGAGAGAUCCGCCUCGUGAAUGGGAACAGCUCCUGCUCUGGCCGAGUAGAGAUUUUCUACCGUGGAGAGUGGGGGACGGUGUGUGAUGAUUUUUGGGGUCUGCAGGAAGCUCAGGUGGUCUGUAGACAGCUGGGCUGUGGAAGAGCUCUGUCAGCACCACACUCUGCUGCUUUUGGACAAGGCAAUGGAACCAUCUGGAUGGAUGACGUCUCAUGCUCUGGUCAUGAAUCACAGCUCAGUGAGUGCAGGCACAGAGGGUUUGGAAAUCACGACUGUGGUCACAAUGAGGAUGCAGGUGUUGUCUGUGAAGGUAAAUAUAACUCAAUAAAAUGCCUCACAAGCUGUCAGUGGUACUUUACAAAGCUGAAAAGGAAUUAGUAAUGUGUCACCAGGUGAAUAACAUGAAACAUGACGUUGACACCACACUUUUAGCCUGAUCUUCAGCCUUGAAUUUGAUUCUUUCUCUUUUCAAGUAAAAGGCUGAAUUAUGUGAAUGGCCACAAGCCCAGUGUUCACCCCAUAUAUAAAGGUUUUGUCUCAAGCAGGCCCUCCCUGCCCAUCCCAUCCCCCCUUUUCCUUCACUGUCUGAUUCACACUUAUGAUGGAACAAAAAGCUUGAGAUGAAAAAGAAAGGAUGAAGUAUUCAGUAUUGAAACACAUCAUUGUCCUCAUGAAGUUCAGAGUUGAGGUGUGUCUAUUCCAUCAAUAUCAUGUCCUAUAUUUCCUGACAGCUGCGGCUCCAGUGAGGCUGGUGGACGCUGGAAGCCGCUGCUCUGGCAGAGUGGAGGUCUACCAUGAUGGACGCUGGGGGACAGUCUGUGAUGAUGACUGGGAUAUGCUUGAUGCCCAGGUGGUCUGCAGGCAGCUGGACUGUGGUAGAGCUCUAUCAGCACCACAGUCUGCUACUUUUGGAGAAGGCAAUGGUCCCAUCUGGUUGGACGAUGUGGGCUGUUUAGGCAACGAAACAUCCAUUACAGACUGCAGACAUCCAGGGUUUGAUGUUCAUAAUUGUGAUCAUGGUGAAGAUGCCAGUGUCACCUGUGAAGGUAAAUCCUCCCAUUUCAGUUUUUUUGGCUUACCUUUUGACGAGGACAAAAAUGCUUGAUCUCUUUGUUUUUUAUACUGACCACAGAUAUUUGUUAAAGCUUACUUUUACAUAUAGCGCCUUAGUACUCAACUUUCUAUGAAGAAUAUUUUGAAUUUUACAUCCAACUACAAUGAACUUCAUCAUGCAGAUUUACAUGCAGAAUUAAGGGAGAACUUUGGCUCAUAAUAAAUGAUGAGCAAGACGGUUGAAGAUAUGUCCUGAUCUGACAAAGUCUUGUUUUUUAGGUGAGCCAGACUUUACCCGCAUAGUCACAGCUACUCCUUAUCCAAUUGUAUCAACUUCUCCAAACUAUGUGGUGGACAUCCGCCUCGUGAAUGGGAACAGCUCCUGCUCUGGCCGAGUAGAGAUUUUCUACCGUGGAGAGUGGGGGACGGUGUGUGAUGAUGACUGGGGUCUGCAGGAUGCUCAGGUGGUCUGUAGACAGCUGGGCUGUGGAAGAGCUCUGUCAGCACCACACUUUGCUGCUUUUGGACAAGGCAAUGGAACCAUCUGGAUGGAUGACGUCUCAUGCUCUGGUCACGAAUCACAGCUCAGUGAGUGCAGGCACAUAGGGUUUGGAAAUCACAACUGUGAUCACGAUGAGGAUGCUGGCGUUGUCUGUGAAGGUAAAUAUAACUCAAUAAAAUGUCUCACAAGCUGUCAGUGGUACUUUACAAAGUCAAAAAGGGUUAAGUAAUGUGUCACCAGGUGGAUCACAUGAAACAUGACGUUGACACCACACUUUUAGCCUGAUCUUCAGCCUUGAAUUUAAAUCUUUCUCUUUUCAAGUAAAAGGCUGAAUUAUGUGAAUGGCCACAAGCCCAGUGUUCACCCCAUAUAUAAAGGUUUUGUCUCAAGCAGGCACUCCCUGCCCAUCCCAUCCCCCCUUUUCCUCCACUGUCUGAUUCACACUUAUGAUGGAACAAAAAGCUUGAGAUGAAAAAGAAAAGAUAAAGUAUUCAGUAUUGAAACACAUCAUUGUCCUCAUGAAGUUCAGAGUUGAGGUGUGUCUAUUUCAUCAACAUCAUGUCCUAUAUUUCCUGACAGCUACUGCUCCAGUGAGGCUGGUAGACUCUGGAAGCCGCUGCUCUGGCCGAGUGGAGGUCUACCAUGAUGGUGUCUGGGGAACAGUGUGUGAUGAUCGCUGGGGUCUGCAGGAUGCUCAGGUGGUCUGCAGACAGCUGGACUGUGGUAGAGCUCUAUCAGCACCACACGCUGCUGCUUUUGGACAAGGCAAUGGAACAGUCUUGUUGGGCCAUGUGGACUGUUUAGGCAAUGAAACAUCCAUUACAGACUGCAGACAUCCAGGGUUUGGGGUUCACAUUUGUAGUCAUGCUGAAGAUGCCAGUGUCACCUGUGAAGGUAAGUGCUGACAGUGAUCCAAACGAUGGCCUAUUUUAUUGGGAUUACCUUCUGGAAGAAACUCGUCCCUUCGCUAUGUUUCAAUUUACCACAGACACUAUAUAUUUUUGGUUAGUUAUUGAUCAAUCGAUAAGAUUAGAGAUGUCAUUCUAAUCAUAAAUAAAUCUGUCAGUCAAAGGAUUUAAUGGAAAUUUGAUGGAAAUUUGAUGGAAAUCUACAUUUGUGUAAAGGUAAUAAGAUUGACAAACAAAAGAGAAGCAGAACAGAGGACAAAAAGAUUGUGAUAAAAAGGCUGUUGAUAUUUUUGUGCAUUUUCAGAAAACUUUCUUUCUCUUUGACUAUAACGGCAGGAUACAGCUCAGCAACUGAGGGGGAGAGUCGCCUUGUGAAUGGGAACAGCUCCUGCUCUGGCCGAGUAGAGAUUUUCUACCGUGGAGAGUGGGGGACUGUGUGUGAUGAUUUUUGGGAUCUGCAGGAAGCUCAGGUGGUCUGUAGACAGCUGGGCUGUGGUAGGGUUCUGUCAGCACCACACUCUGCUGCUUUUGGACAAGGCAGUGGAACCAUCUGGUUGGAUGAUCUCUCAUGCUCUGGUCAUGAAUCAGAGCUCAGUGAGUGCAGGCACAUAGGGUUUGGAAAUCACAACUGUGAUCACCAUGAGGAUGCUGGUGUUGUUUGUGAAGGUAGGUACAGUUUAUUUUCCUGUGAUAACACCUGUCUAUUGUUCUAGUUUCAAGUUUCCAUGUUAUUACACACCAGCUUUAAUAACAUAAAACGUGAGUUUGACUGUUUCUGAACCAUUUGCACCUUUCAAUAUUAUUUUUCAUUCGGUAAGUUAUAAACUGAAAUAAUUAUAGUCAAAGAAAUACUUCUAUUGUUCUAUUCAAGUGCUUUUCAAGGUACUUCAAGAUUCUGUACAAACUCAUAACUAUACUAAUCAAACAACAAAUCAUAAAAAUAAAUAAAGCGUUUAAGUAGAAACAUCAUCAGCAACUAAUAGAGUUCUUAAAAGAGUAGUUUGAGCUGCAAUUUCAAUCUGGGUAGAUCAGGACAGUCACGGAUGUCAUACAGAACAGAGUUCAAGAGAUGCUAAAGAAUGAUUCCAGAUGAAGAAGAGUUUUGUGGUUGUUUAUGUAAAAGCAGUAGUGAGGUUGAGACUGAUGAGGAGGGUGAGGUGGUUUAAAUCUGCUAGUAUAAGAAGGUUGUUGGUGAUUUUGAAAAGGGCAGUGUCUAGGGCUGCACGAAAUUGGAAAAAAACUAACAUUGCAGUUUUUUUUCAACCCUGCGAUAUAUAUUGUGAUAUUAAAAGAUACAGGAAUUUUCACCAGAUGACCUGAAUGGCACUUUAUGCUAUGCUGCACUGCUGAAAUCUUAUGGACAGCUAACCUGCACUGAUCUUACCUCUCUUAGUGAAUGUUUGUAGAACUGCUUCUGUCUGUCUUAGAGAUACUUUUAGUUUGCUUUUAUUGUGCUGGGACUUGUUAUCUCUCAUUGUGGCAAACGGAUAAAGGCACUACCAACACAGAACACUUGUUUGGUCAACAUCAACCGAAAUAAUUCCAGAUAACUGAAUUUCGUUUUCUUUUUGGCAACAAGUCUUCAUUUUUGGUGGUUUUCUCUCUUCCGUUGCUCAUUUUGCAAUUGUUGUUGUUGUUACCGGUGUUGUGCCGAGAAGCGCAUGCCCACCGAAAAUUGCAUGCACCUUACGCAAACACACACCACUUAUCAUAGAGUGGUCCAUGGAAAUGUACAAUUUGAAACCUGUACAAUUCUUAUUUGUGGGGCUAAACAGUGAUGAGUAAUGUUCAGAAAGUAAUUCUUAGCAGGCAAGCGUUUCUCUGCACAACACCGGGAGCGCCAGCGACUCACUCCAUGUGCAGGGGCGUGGUUUUCUCUUCUCUGAUUUUGAUUGACGGCUGGCAGGGUAGUCUGCUUGGCAAGUGAGUAAAGAAACAAAUUUGAUUGGUGGAUCGCUGCAUAGCACAAGCAGAGUCUACCUGCAGUGUAUGUCAGUCAGCUACCCUUGAAAUUAAAUGAGUUUAUCUGCCUCCUACAUUGCAGGCUCUGCAAUGUGACUAUCCUGCACAUGUACAUCGCAAUGACAAUGCACAAACAAUAUACCGUGCAGCCCUAGCAGUGUCAGUGCUAUGCUUGUUGCUUAAAACUGUUCAAACUGGUUACUGGAGGUGAGACCACCUUUAAGUUGAGCUGCAAAGAAGUUCCAGAUUUUUCAACAGAGAGAGGAUGUUUGAGAUGGGUCCGAAAUUUAACAUAGUUUCAGGACAAAGUCCAGGAUUUUGAGGACGGGGGUGAUGCAGCAAGUUUGAGUGGCUGAAGAAAGUAUCCAGAGCUGAGGGAUAAAUUGAAAACAAUAGUGAUGAGUUGGCAUAGAUGGAAAUGAGACUUUGAUGAGAGUCGAAGGGAUGGGAUUGAGGACACUGGUGAAGCUUUUUAUUCCAGAUGUGUCUUUGUAGAGUCCCAAGUCAGACAAAAUCUAGAGAUGCCAGUUGGCAAGAGGAGAGGAGGAAGAUAGGGAAGUAGGUGGGGAGGCAGGGGAGGUAGUCAGGGGAAGGCAAAAUAUGAAGAAAGGGAAAUAGCCUAGAGGUUUCUAAAGGAUAACAAGCGGGUGUCUUUUGGGUUGAGAGUGAGGAUGUCACUAUCCAUGACAAUAUCCAAUACUUCUGAAAAGUACUAAUGUCUGCAUGAUUUACAGUUUUAUGGUGUGCCUCACACUUUCAUUAUUUCAUAUUUCCUGACAGCUGCGGCUCCAGUGAGGCUGGUGGACGCUGGAAGCCGCUGCUCUGGCAGAGUGGAGGUCUACCAUGAUGGACGCUGGGGGACAGUCUGUGAUGAUGACUGGGAUAUGCUUGAUGCCCAGGUGGUCUGCAGGCAGCUGGACUGUGGUAGAGCUCUAUCAGCACCACAGUCUGCUACUUUUGGAGAAGGCAAUGGUCCCAUCUGGUUGGACGAUGUGGGCUGUUUAGGCAACGAAACAUCCAUUACAGACUGCAGACAUCCAGGGUUUGAUGUUCACAAUUGUGUUCAUGGUGAAGAUGCCAGUGUCACCUGUGAAGGUAAAUCCUCCCAUUUCAGUUUUUUUGGCUUACCUUUUGACGAGGACAAAAAUGCUUGAUCUCUUUGUUUUUUAUACUGACCACUGAUAUUUGUUACAGUUUACUAUUACAUAAAGCCCUUAGUACUCAACUUUCUAUGAAGAAUAUAGUGAAUUUUACAUCCAACUACAAUGAACUUCAUCAUGCAGAUUUACAUGCAGAAUUAAGGGAGAACUUUGGCUCAUAAUAAAUGAUGACCAAGACGGUUGAAGAUGUGUCCUGAUCUGACAAAGUCUUGUUUUUUUAGGUGAGCCAGACUUUACCCGCAUAGUCACAGCUACUCCUGAUCCAAUUGUAUCAACUUCUCCAAACUAUGUGGUGGACAUCCGCCUCGUGAAUGGGAACAGCUCCUGCUCUGGCCGAGUAGAGAUUUUCUACCGUGGAGAGUGGGGGACGGUGUGUGAUGACGCCUGGGGUCUGCAGGAAGCUCAGGUGGUCUGUAGACAGCUGGGCUGUGGUAGGGCUCUGUCAGCACCACACUCUGCUGCUUUUGGACAAGGCAAUGGAACCAUCUGGAUGGAUGACGUCUCAUGCUCUGGUCACGAAUCAGAGCUCAGUGAGUGCAGGCACAUAGGGUUUGGAAAUCACAACUGUGGUCACAAUGAGGAUGCAGGUGUUGUCUGUGAAGGUAAAUAUAACCCAAUAAAAUGUCCCACAAGCUGUCGGUGGUACUUUAUAAAGCUGAAAAGGAUUUAGUAAUGUGUCACCAGGUGGACAAAAUGACACAUGAUAUCAUGUCCUAUAUUUCCUGACAGCUGCGGCUCCAGUGAGGCUGGUGGACGCUGGAAGCCGCUGCUCUGGCAGAGUGGAGGUCUACCAUGAUGGACGCUGGGGGACAGUCUGUGAUGAUGACUGGGAUAUGCUUGAUGCCCAGGUGGUCUGCAGGCAGCUGGACUGUGGUAGAGCUCUAUCAGCACCACAGUCUGCUACUUUUGGAGAAGGCAAUGGUCCCAUCUGGUUGGACGAUGUGGGCUGUUUAGGCAACGAAACAUCCAUUACAGACUGCAGACAUCCAGGGUUUGAGGUUCACAAUUGUGUUCAUGGUGAAGAUGCCAGUGUCACCUGUGAAGGUAAAUCCUCCCAUUUCAGUUUUUUUGGCUUACCUUUUGACGAGGACAAAAAUGCUUGAUCUCUUUGUUUUUUAUACUGACCACAGAUAUUUGUUAAAGCUUACUUUUACAUAAAGCCCUUAGUACUCAACUUUCUAUGAAGAAUAUAGUGAAUUUUACAUCCAACUACAAUGAAAUUCAUCAUGCAGAUUUACAUGCAGAAUAAAGGGAGAACUUUGGCUCAUAAUAAAUGAUGACCAAGACAGGUGAAGAUGUGUCCUGAUCUGACAAAGUCUUGUUUUUUAGGUGAGCCAGACUUUACCCGCAUAGUCACAGCUACUCCUUAUCCAAUUGUAACAACUUCUCCAAACUAUGUGGUGGACAUCCGCCUCGUGAAUGGGAACAGCUCCUGCUCUGGCCGAGUAGAGAUAUUCUACCGUGGAGAGUGGGGGACGGUGUGUGAUGAUGACUGGGGUCUGCAGGAUGCUCAGGUGGUCUGUAGACAGCUGGGCUGUGGAAGAGCUCUGUCAGCACCACAGUCUGCUGCUUUUGGACAAGGCAGUGGAACCAUCUGGAUGGAUGACGUCUCAUGCUCUGGUCACGAAUCACAGCUCAGUGAGUGCAGGCACAUAGGGUUUGGAAAUCACGACUGUGGUCACAGUGAGGAUGCUGGUGUUGUCUGUGAAGGUAAAUAUAACUCAAUAAAAUGCCUCACAAGCUGUCGGUGGUACUUUACAAAGCUGAAAAGGAUUUAGUAAUGUGUCACCAGGUGGAUCACAUGAAACAUGACGUUGACACCACACUUUUAGCCUGAUCUUCAGCCUUGAAUUUAAAUCUUUCUCUUUUCAAGUAAAAGGCUGAAUUAUGUGAAUGGCCACAAGCCCAGUGUUCACCCCAUAUAUAAAGGUUUUGUCUCAAGCAGGCACUCCCUGCCCAUCCCAUCCCCCCUUUUCCUCCACUGUCUGAUUCACACUUAUGAUGGAACAAAAAGCUUGAGAUGAAAAAGAAAAGAUGAAGUAUUCAGUAUGGAAACACAUCAUUGUCCUCAUGAAGUUCAGAGUUGAGGUGUGUCUAUUUCAUCAAUAUCAUGUCCUAUAUUUCCUGACAGCUGCUGCUCCAGUGAGGCUGGUAGACGCUGGAAGCCGCUGCUCUGGCAGAGUGGAGGUCUACCAUGAUGGACGCUGGGGAACAGUGUGUGAUGAUCGCUGGGGUCUGCAGGAUGCUCAGGUGGUCUGCAGACAGCUGGACUGUGGUAGAGCUGUAUUAGCACAAGGAACUGCUUUUUUUGGAAGGGGCAAUGGACCCAUCUGGUUGGGCAAUGUGGGCUGUUUAGGCAACGAAACAUCCAUUACAGACUGCAGACAUCCAGGGUUUGGAGUUCACGAUUGUGCUCAUGCUGAAGAUGCCAGUGUCACCUGUGAAAGUAAGUGCUGACAGUGAUCCAAAUUAGUAUCUAUUCCACUGGGUUUACCUCCUUGAAGGAUCUCGUCUCGUCAGUGUGUUUCAAUUUACCACAGACACUAUAUAUUUUUGGUUAGUUAUUGACAAACAGAAGAAAAGGAGGUGAAAGGACAAAUGAAAAAAUGUGAUGAACAGGCUGAUAUUUUUGUGACUUUUCAGGAAACUUUCUCUCUCUUUGAUUCUGACAGCAGGAAACAGCUUAGCAGCUGAGGGAGAGAUUCGCCUGGUGAAUGGGAACAGCUCCUGCUCUGGUCGAGUAGAGAUCUUCCAUGGUGCAGUGUGGGGGACAGUGUGUGAUGAUAGCUGGGGUCUGCAGGAUGCUCAGGUGGUCUGUAGACAGCUGGGCUGUGGUAGGGCUCUGUCAGCACCACAGUUUGCUGCUUUUGGAGAAGGCAGUGGACCCAUCUGGAUGGAUGAAGUCUCGUGUUCGGGAAGAGAGUCCCAGCUUCGUGAGUGCAGGCACAGAGGGUUUGGAAAUCACGAUUGCAGACACAGUGAGGAUGCUGGUGUUGUUUGUGAAGGUAAAAUUCAGUCUUUCUGCGUGCAUUGAUGUCACUGUAGUCAAAGCGAAGUGUAAACAGUCAGCUUAUGAAGAAUUGUAAAAUAUAAGUUUAACCCUCUUUGUAUCUGCAAACUCAUUAGCCUUAAAAGUACAUGUGAUUUUUCAGCAGAAGGAGAUGUUCCUCAAUGCAAUUUAAAAAAGUAUUUACGAUGGAUGUCAUGUUUCAUAUCAGAUAAUUUCUCAUUUUCAGCAUCAGCUCCACUGAGGCUGGUAAAUGGGAACAGCUCCUGCUCUGGCCGAGUAGAGAUAUUCUACCGUGGAGAGUGGGGGACAGUCUGUGAUGAUGCCUGGGGUCUGCAGGAUGCUCAGGUGGUCUGUAGACAGCUGGGCUGUGGUAGGGCUCUGUCAGCACCACAGUCUGCUGCUUUUGGACAAGGCAGUGGAACCAUCUGGUUGGACAAUGUGGGCUGUUUUGGAAAUGAGCGCUCCAUUACAGACUGCAGACAUUCAGGGUUUGGGGUUCACAACUGUCAUCAUUCUGAAGAUGCUGGAGUUAUCUGUGAAAGUAAAUCCAUCUUCUUUCAGGAGCAUCCCCUUCUCCACUUUAAUCCUCAGAGUGUUGCUUUAUUUCCUUUAAGAUAUACCUUUAUAAAACAGUGUCUUAUGAAGUUGAAGUUUGAAAAAUUUGUGAUCUUUGCAUUAGAGGACUUUAUAUUAUUUUUUGUAUUUUCUCAUACAAUGUAUUUUGCUGUCCUUUUUUUAGCCCCUGCACCUGAUAAUUAUCAACUUAUUUGUAGCCCGGAUAAACUUCAAUUAGGGGUGGAUAUAGCUGACCUGACAUCCUCUGGUUUGGACCCAUGGUCUGGCAACUUGGUAUUUUUCAACUGCUCCUGGAUCAGAGCGCGCAAUAACGUAGUGUGGUAUGAAGUGGAGGCCAGGGAGGGUGUCUGUGGAAACACUCUGAUGGUAAAGACUUGACAGCCUUGACUUUGAAAAUCAGAUUGAGUAUGACAUGUUUAAUAAGAUCUAUUUAAAAACUGAUUGUGCAUUUGUUUGGCUGCAAAUGUUAUGUGCACAAAGACCAAACAUUUAUAGUUUUUAAAGCUUGAGAUCCCAGUAUCUCCACCUAAAGAUCCUUUAAACUAUUUGGUAAAGUUUGGUCGUGUUUGUAAUACUACUGCCAACAUCACAUCAUCAAAGUAAAUUAAACUUUCUGGUAACACAAUCACUCUGUAUUUUUCAGACCAACAGCACAUGCCAUCUACUCCAACAGCUUAUUUAUCUAUCAUCUUACUGGCGGGUCCUUUAA